GUAAGACCCUCCCUACCGUGCCCACGUGGAGCUGAUGCCGUCAACCAGGCUCAUGUCCGAACAGAUGUCAGGUUCAUCAGAUGAUGAGAACGUUGUGCUGUGCAGUCACCCGUGCCACCUGUGUACUGCUUCCCUUCACUUCUACCAUUAAACUGACUGGAGCUGUCAAUUUCAGCAGGAACGUUCUGGGUUUUAAUGUACACUAUGGUUUGCUAAUUUUUAUCGUAUACGACGAACGUGCAACUGGUUCAAACGCGCGCAAAAACCACUUUCAACAAAUUGGCAAACCCAAUCGCCGCCAAAGCUAGCUGAUGCUGAUGCAGCCAAUGCAAUGCUCACUUCUGAUUCCUUCUGAGGCUUAUUGAAUUACAUCAUGGUUAGCG